UGGUUGGUUGGUUGAGUGGCUGGCUGGCAGGCAGGCAGGCAGGCUCGCUCGCUCGCUCACUCACUGCUCGGCGGUAGUGUCUUGUUGUUUGGCGAUUUACGCUGCCUGCUGUACGUGUUGUGAAUCUAGUUCGUGGCUGGCGUGUGCGGAUGUUGUGUAGGUGGAAUUCGAUCGCGGUUGUCGAGUUCGUUUGGACAUCGGCUAGUCGUUGCUUGCAGCUGUAUUGCGGCGAUGUCGGUGGGCCUAUCAGUUCAGUCGUUGACGCAGGAGCUUGAACAGACCAGGGAGCGACUGCGAGUCGUCGACGACGACAUCAAGAAGCAUUCGGGCCGAAGAAACGUGCCAGCGAGCAAUUUCAGACAUCUGAGAGAUGCGCCGCCAGGACUCCGGAGCCAGUUGGCCAAUCGUCUUGACGAUGGACCGCUUCGUCGUCGACAGCAAGGAGGUGCUUUCAGCCGUUUGGGGCGGCAACUUAAUGUACACGAAGCCCAGCGUAUGGGUCAGCCAAGCCCACAAGGCCCAAGUGGUUCCCAUCAAGGAACGAUGUCAACGAAGGAUCAGGGUCGUCUUGGCUCGGGAGGUUCCCAUGGGACCGGGUCGGCUGUUGGGUCAGGUCUUCGAGUGGGAGUGAAACGUGACCGCAGUGAGCGAGUCGAGCGAGAACCCCCCGAAGAAGGUGAGUUAGAUGAACCUCCAAGAAAGGUUGGUCUUCUUUCGUCCAUUGGCGCCUCCUCAAUGACUGUCAAGGGAAAGAGUCGGAGUGAGCUGCUGAACGAGCAAAGCGGCGAUCAGAAUAUCAAAGCACGAAACAGACGAAUGUUCGGCAUGAUCCUGGGAACAUUAAAGAGCUUUGAAAAAGAAGAGAGCACAAAACGUAAGGAGCAGGUUGACAAAAAGGUCGAAAAGGAACAAAAAGUCGAAGAACAGAAAGAACGUGAGAGGGAAGAAGCCGUCCGCAUGCGGCGGGAGCUUAUCGAAGAGAAACGCGAUAAACAGAUCAAACUACGACAGCUGCAAGCCAAGAUAGAAGUAAUCGGAGCGUUUGAAGAAUUCUCGAAACGUCACGGAUAUAUGGCAAACUUCAUCCAUACAAUUGCAAAACCUCCUCUUAUGUGGCUGCCUCGAACUCAUACGCCAGCUAGCGAGGAAGGCCUUGCACGCAGCCGUGCCAAAAUUGAAGCGAUCGUGGCCAAGGAACAACAGCGUAUAGAGCUUGAACUAGAACGAAUCGAAGGCAUCCAGAGGGAUUCCGAAGGCGAGAUUGAUGGCAAGGAAAACAAUAGCGGAUCGACGAUGCCAUCUAGCGUCGCUGUGGUUGUUAGUAAUGAUUACAAAAACGCGGAGGAUGCUCACGAUUCGAGGCAGAACGGCAACGUUGACGAUAGUACAUCAGCUAAAGACAAAUCUUUAGCAGAUUCCGCUAUGAAGAAUAUUAAAAUUAUUAUUGAGAAUGAUCUCGUUAUGAAAAAGAGCGUAAACGGUAAACGCGAAGUUGGCGAAGAUGAGGACGAUGACGAGGAAGUUGUCGAAGAAAAGCCGGAAGACGGAGAGAUCCAACAGCAGCAACAGAGGCAGCGGCAGUACCAGCAGUCGCAACAACAACAACAGCAACAACAACAACAACAGCAGCAGCAGCAGCAGCAGCAACAGCAAAAACAAGAUGGUGACGAAAAACAUCAACAACCGCAACAGAAGCCAAAACGACCAGAUAAUGUGGACGAAAGCCCACGGCAAAGAGAGAUUAUGGACAGUUCUAUGGAUGAUGACAACCAUACGAUGAAACGUGAAGAAGACACAGUAGAGGAAGCUUCAGCGUCGAAGUCUAGAUCGAAAUCAAAGUCUAAAUCGAGGUCCAAUUCGAAAUCAAGAUCCAGUUCGAGAUCUCGAUCGAGGUCAGCUACCCCUGUACCCAAAAGCGUUAGUGUUACCCAAGAAGGUGAACUUGAACGCCAGGACGAACCGAUAGAUCAAGAUUCACCGAACAAGUUUCUGAAAAAGACGACUCCACCAUUUAGUGAGGACGAGUCCGUAAAGAGACAGAGUGGCAAAUCAAUGCCAGCCAACGAAUCGAAGCGGAUGAUAGCUGCCCCUACUGGUAGUGGUGGCGGUUCACCGCGACGUAGUCGAUCUCCCAAAAGGGUCGUUCGGCAGCCACCAACUGCCGCUGUUAAGAAAAAGCGCAACUCUAGCUCGUCGUCCAGUUCGUCUAGUAGUAGUUCUACCAGCCGAAGUGGUAGCAGCAGCAGUAGUAGCAGUAGUGAUUCUUCAUCGGAUGGGAGCCCUCAGCAGCCAGCAAAAAAACCGCUAAGUGCACACGAGGGAAGCAGCGCCAGCCCGAAAAAAUGCAGCAAGUCGCCGACACCGACUCCUGGUAAAAGGAGUCCUCCAAGUUCUCGAAUCAGACGCGCCAGCUCUAGCCCGCCACCAGCUCCUGUCAAACGUAGGGGGUCGUCGCCACCAGUUAGUAGACGAUCUCCCAGAAGGCGCAGUCGCUCGCCUAGAAGAAGAUCACCUGGCAGUUCGGUGCGCCGGGGUAGUAUAAAGCGACGCAGCCUUAGCCGACGUCGAAGUCCGAGCCCAAGGCGCCGCCGAAGAAGUUCGUCAUCGAGAAGGCGAAGUGGGUCCGGACGGAGGCGAACUAACCGAUGCAGUGGAAGCCGCGGCCCACCUAGAAGAGGCAGUCCCAUUCGACGCCGAACACGAUCGAGAAGCCCAAGACGGGGCGGCGCCAGACGAUCACGAAGUCCUCGCAGACGGAGGUAGAACGACAAAAAUAUAAGGAGAAAAAAUAGGUUGCGUGCGAUUCCGAUUAAUUAUAGUUUCCCUUAAAUCUCCUUGUGUCUUGAUGGAUGAUACAUAGAUGUAUGAACAGACGUCAAGUAAAAUAUAUGGCAAACACUAUGAAUUGAAGGAUGAUUGUAAUAAAGAAGCAAAAAGAAAAUAUUAAAGUGGCUGCGACAACAACAAACAUCAGUAGUGACACUACAUAGUUGCUGCUGAUGCCGAUGGAAAAGUCUUCUGAUCGAAAUCUGCACGUACUUGCAGCACGAAAAGGAGGAGAAAAUGAUAAAGUGAUGGAUGUUAAACUUUCCCAGUCGCCUUAACCAUGUUUUGUUCGUAGUAUGUGGCUAAUAGUGAGCGCUGACCGGUUUACUAAAAAGACUCAUGUUCUUAAAACAUAAUAAGAAUGCCAUGCAAAUAUUCCUUGUUGGGCGGAAAACCGGGAGUGGUGAACAGCUACGGGCAGUGCACAAAAACUAAUCUAAGCGCGUUAUAAAUUUCGCGAUUACUUUCCAGUGGGGUAAGAUCUGUGGCGUUACAUUAAAGGGUGGCAUAAGCAGAUUAUGGUACCCUCGUCGAGUUUAGCCGUCUCGACAUUGGGACUGUGUUUACAAGUAGAUAAAAUAGAGAAAAGGAAAGAUGGGAAAAAGCGGGGGGGGGGGGGGG